AUGACCGGGCAGGAGUUUUCAUUUUGGUCCUAUAUCCAAAGUAAAUGGCCUGGAUUGUCCAUUCCGGAUUGUCCUUGCCCCAUUUGUCUUUCCACAAUAUUUGUCCGUCCACUGCCGACUCAAUCCAGUUCUGUCCCACCCCAACCCGCGUCUGUUUCACCCCACUCCGAUCGUCAACCGCAUCCGUUUUGUAUUUUGUCAGAACAAGAUAACCGGCCGGCGGAGCAGGUUGUACGUGAAGCGUUGCAAAUGCGUCUCGAAGAGGCUUAUCCAAAUGUGUUGUCCAUGGAUGACUUGGUUCGUAUCUUGGAGGUGGACGAUCGCAACUUGCUUCAGUUCCAGCUGAAAGCUCUGGAAGAGCGUGAUCUGGUCCAAUUCGUCCCGUUAGAGGGCCGUUAUAGCGGUCAAAUUGGGUUCCGUCGAAAAAUUCAUCUACAAAACCAAGAGGUCAAGGAAGUUAAGGGGGCGAAUCACAUGCAACAAGUAUCCACCUCCGAGAAGCCCACGAUUGCGAUCAUUACCAAUCUACUUUGCGAAAAAUUGGCUGUAGAUGCCAUGAUCGAACAAAAGACGACCUUUGUGAGAUAUAAAACCGAAGGUGGCGAGUCGAAUGUGUAUACUAUUGGGAACAUUGGACCCCAUCGUGUGAUAUCCACCAAGUUGCCGAUGGUCGGUCGGGAAUUACAAGCAAAAAUCUCCUCUGGAAGUAUCACAACUCGAUUGCUGGGUGCAUUCCAAGCGGUGCAACAUGUAUUUCUCGUUGGUGUGGGUGGAAGUGUGCCCCAUGUAUACGAAUUCGAGAAGCAUUCCAGAUUGGGUGAUGUGGUUGUCAGUGCUCCAGUCAAAUGGUGCACCGGUUGUCGCAGCCCUUCAGGCAAUCACAACAACAACGGCAAUGGGAACCAUCACUCAAACAACGCUCUGAAGCCGGGUGAUAUUUGUCAGGAUCCAGUGUACAUUUAUUGCGAUCGGUUAAUAGAUUCCACUGACAGUGAACCCCAGCCAGCGGCUUCUCUAAAAUACGUUCUGAAGAAGUAUGCUGUUCGUGAUACCAGUCUCCUCAGUUGUGUGGAUCGAGUGCUGGAUCGUUUCGAGUCAGUCCCCGAUCGAUGUGAAUGGUCUCAUAUUCUUCAGACUAGCAUGGAUCGCUUUGCUGCCGAUGAGGCAGUGGACUUUACUCGACCCUCAGCUGAAACGGAUAAAUUGAAACUAAAGAUUGAUGAGGGCGUCACUUUCGACAUAAAACAUCCUGACAUUCCGGAACACUUGUCACGCUUCUACCCGCCCGGUGUACCAGCGGUCCGUCUGGGUUGCAUUGGAUCCGGUCGACCGAUUACAGACAAUGAUCAACAGCGUGACUAUUUUGCAAAAGAGCACCAGCUCCUUUGCUUCGACGCUGAAUAUGAUCAAGUGAGUAGAUGA